AUGGGCUGUCAAUCCAGGUCGCAUGGUCACAGCCAUGGCCACGGUCACGGCCAUCACCACGAUACCACAUACUUGACGUCCAAGAACAAGCAGGACCCGGGAGUGCGGAUUACACGAAUAGGCCUGUUGGCGAACCUGGCCAUGGCAAUUGGAAAGGGCGUGGGUGGUUACGUCUUUCACUCGCAGGCGUUGGUGGCAGAUGCAUAUCAUGCCCUAACAGAUCUUGUGUCGGAUUUCAUGACCCUGGGGACGGUCUCUUGGUCGAACAAACCGCCCUCAUCCCGUUUCCCGCUAGGAUACGGCAAGGUCGAGACACUGGGAGCGCUGGGAGUGAGCGGUCUACUGCUCGUUGGAGGCGUGCUGAUGGGGUUGAAUGCCGCCGAAGUUAUACUCACACAGUUCUUCCCGGACAUUGCGCACGCUGCUUCACAUCUAGGCCUGCUCGGACAUGGACACUCGCAUAGCCACGCCCACUUCCCAACGGAUCAGGCUCUUGGGCCCAACCUCAACGCUGCCUGGCUUGCCGCAGGCUCAAUUGUUGUAAAGGAAUGGCUAUAUCAUGCGACUAUGAAAAUCGCAAAGGAGCGAAAAUCCUCCGUACUCGCAUCUAAUGCCGUUCAUCACCGUGUCGACUCCCUUACAAGUAUAGUUGCGCUGUUGACCAUCGGUGGUGCACACGUUUUCACCGACGCUACAUGGCUGGACCCAGUUGGCGGAUUGGUUAUCUCGAUAAUGAUUAUCAGGGCGGGACUAGGGAAUACGAAAACUACCUUGCUAGAACUAGCCGACGCGGGCGUCGAGGACAGCAUGGUAGACUCGGUGCGAAAAUAUGCUGCCAGAGCAAUUGCUGGAAUCCCGGACGGGGCUGAGAUUGAACUCCGGAACAUCCAAGGAGUCAAGUCUGGUCCCAACUACCUGAUGGAGAUCGAUUUGGCCGUCCCCGGAUCAUGGUCAGUUGCGCGCACUCGGGAGAUUGAACGGGUGAUCCGAGAACGCGUGGGGUCGCGUGUCCGGGGUGUUAAACGGCUGCGAGUACGGUUCACGCUCAAUACAGAGAAGGAGCUAGACUUCGCUGAAGAGUUCAUUGCACCUGACGUGAGUCCGCGGAGCAGUCCCGAACCAGAGGCUGAGACCAACGGAACGGCCGUAUCGGGAGCACAUGUCCAUGAGAAUGGCAAUAGGAAGAGGCAUUGA